AUGAGAUUUUUCGUCUAUGCUUGGACUUCCUAUUCGAGUCUUCCAUGGAUUGCACCUACUAUUGGGUUGACCUUGGUAGGCGCCGGUAGUGCGUGCGUCGUGACGGGCGUGUCGGACUACGUGGUUGAUUCUUACAGCCAGUUUCCUGGAAGUGCCAUGGGUGCUGUUGCUGCGGGAGAGAAUAUUUUCUCUGCUAUGCUGCCACUUGCAAGUAUGAGCAUGUACCGGGUGAUGGGGUAUCAGUGGGCGAGUACGCUACUUGCUUUUAUAUGCUUGGUACUGUCGCUUAUUCCUACAUUGAUGUUUUUCUGGGGGGAGGAGGUGCGUGCGUGGAGUGCUUUUAUGAAUGAGAUGGCUAAUGAUGCAGUGAGAAAACGGUCGGGGAUGGUUUGA